GAGUAUUAAUUUUUUUACGCGAGAUAUUGGCGUUUAUCAAGAAAUUUGCUUUUAUAAUUUUUCGUACAGGCUCAGACUUCAAGUAUAUCUCUACCAAUUAAUCUAAAUUUGACUUUUUUAUUUUAAAAAACUGCAUGAUUCAGAAGAAAAAGACGGGCGCUGGCCUUACUCCACCAUUUUUCACUUGAAAACCGGAUAAAGAAAAUUCGAAUGGAAACUGCUAUCCUUUAUCACUCACAUAAUUCCGUAUGAAUUCAUUUUAUUAUAAUGAAGUUGGACAAGCUUCCGUGCCUUCAAUAAUAUUCUUUUGUCACAUAGCCCACUUACGCUUUGCGAUACAUUUUCCCACAGUCCUCUGGUUCAUAAAAUGGUGGGAUGAGAAAAAAAAAUAUCAGAACGGUACGUAACACAGAGUUCAAUACACGACUAAACCUUUUAUUAGUAAAGUCACAAAAGAAGUUAAAGAACGCGAUUUAGCCCAAAACAUUUUUGAUCCCACGGACUGAUCCGAAAGUAUUUAAAUAACGAAACAUUUACAAACAUGUCGCAGUAACAAUCCACAAGCUAAAGCAGCAGGUAGAGCAAUCUCAAACCUAUCUCGCAAUGAAACUACGCCGUUCUUUCAGAUUGUUGCUGUUCGUAGCUGCCAUCAUACUUGGAGUGGAAUCGGCCAAGAUCCAUAAGAAAGUCCGACGCUCGGCUUUGUCGCUGCCUAGCGGUGGAACGCUAUCAGUCACGAUGGAUUUAAUCAUUCCCGUCGUUCCACUUCUCAACACCACAUUGACUUACCUGUGGUUCGAUUUGCCGCUCACAUUCGAUCUACCCACUGCUAGCGCGCUGAACGAACUCUACUCGAGUUUUGGCAUGUCAUCCGGAACUUCAAAUGACGAUGAGUCCCGCAUUUCAAAUGAACUGAACCACGAGUUUAUGGAGGAACAAAGAGCUAAUCAUGAUCGGAGACAAGUUUACAAAUAUGCCGAAAGUUUCUUUCAAAAUUUUGGAUUCAACGGCAAUGCUUGCUUAAAACGGGCCAUAUGCGAGCUAGCUGAAGCUCCACUAGGCAAUCACGGACUUUUCGGGAAAAUCUUUGACAUCUUAUUUUUGCCCACUGAAUCGGAUUUUCCUCAACACGAGCAGAAUUUCAUCAAUUUUACAUCGCUGCCCCCUGAGCUGCAUUUCUUGGGGAAAAGGAAUAAGGACGAAUACAACGACGCCUAUUUGAAGGGUAGAGCAGCCAGCGGUUGUCUCACUCAUUUCUCCGCAUGUCCAAUUUCUGUCUUCAAACUUUUGGACUUUUAACUUAAACAAAAAAUGUAGAGACUAUAACCAGUGAUUUGUUCUGAAACCUUAAGUUCCUAUUUCGAUAUAUCAUGUUAGAAAAAAGUGCACUCACAUCAUAUACAACAACGUUGCAUAAAUAAAAUCCCGUCCAAACUGAUACUUGAUUCUUAGUCCUUGAAUUAGUUGAAUACGUAUGAUAUACGCAGUGUACGAAAGUCAAUUGUAACUACUCAGCACAAUCCAAAGCAGAGGCCAUAACAAGACACUAUGUGAUUUCAACUAUAAAAUUAUACAGAAUUACAUUUAGAAACUUAUUCGGUGAAUAAUUCUCAACUUCAAAUAUAUUAACUUGAGAUUUUCAGCGAUUUGAUUGUCAUAAAAUAAUCAAUUUUGCUGAAUUCUAAACUUUCUGCCAGCCUACAGUUCCAAAUGUGUCUUGAAAGCGUCGAUCUAAUAUUACUUGGCGUUCAAGUUGAAAAUCGUAAGGGCAAGGAGGCCACAAUCUGUUUCUAUUUUGUUAUCGCAGAAAAGUGUGGGGGUUCAGUAUGGACCGGUAUAACAACUUGAGAAAGAGCAAAGUUCUUACAGGCUUCUUGACGUGGAAUUGUAGCCGCAAUUCUCGAAAUUCGGAUCCUAGGUUAUCAACACUGGGUCCAGUUUUCUGCUGAG